AGAGAGACAGAAAAUAAAAAUUCUAUUUUCUUUAAUUUAUACGAAUUUUCCAAGUGUGUUGCUUUUGCUAUGAUGAUAUGUUUUGGGUAUCAAUGGUCUUCAAUGAUUUUUGUCCUGAAGCUUGAUGGUUUUUCACGCCAAAA